CAAUAGCACAUAUGUCCGAACUAGGAGGUCCUCCUUGGUGGGUUUUCGUCCGAGGUAGAUUCGAAACAAAGCUAUUGGUUCGUCUAUGAUAUGGCGUCACAGAAGUCACGGUGCACGCACACGGACGGAAUGGAUAGCGGGCAGAGUAUAUAAGGAGAGGCAUGUAGCGCUCUGGAAGAGAGCCAUCAUCGAGCAAACCCGACGUCAUUGAGUAUCGAGAGCAUCAUCAAUUGCGCCUUCCGCGACCCGUAUCCCAACUUCCACUUUGAGCACCCACCCCAUCUAUCAAAACACCGGCCCUAGUACCACCUGAAGCCUACCACCACAAUGGUGAAGACAAUUUUUGGCGGCGCCUCGCUGUCCAGACACAGCCCUGAGGUACAAGCCCAGAGUUUUGACGUCCUCCUCGCCAACGGCGUGACAAACAUCGACACGGCGCGUCUGUACCCCGGCUCCGAAGUAGCCAUCGGCGAGCUCGACAAGCGCACCAGCUUCACAAUUGACACCAAGCUCCCCGGCGGCUUUGACCCCGGCCAUGUCAGCAAGGAAGAGGUGAUCCGCGAUGCACAGGACUCGCUGGAGCGCGUGAAGAUCAAGCAAUUCGACAUCCUCUACAUCCACGCGCCCGACACAAGCAGCCCGUUCGAAGAGACACUCGACGGCAUCAAUGAGGCGUACAAGAAGGGCAUCUUCCGCCGUUUCGGCCUCAGCAACUUUUCCGCAGAGCAGGUGCAGCAGGUCUAUGACAUUGCAAAGAGUAAAGGCUACCCGCUGCCCACUGUCUACCAGGGCAACUACAACCCCGUAGCCUGUCACUUGGAGACGCAGCUCUUCCCUACGCUGCGCAAGCUCGGCAUCUCCUUUUACGCCUAUUCACCCCUUGCGGGCGGCUUCCUCACCAAGACGGCUGCUGAUCUAGAUGCGGGUGCGGGCCGCUUCAACGAACAGGCUAUUGGCGGCUUGUACUCGAAGCUCUACGACAAGCCUGCGCUCCGCGAGGCGCUCAUCAAGUGGAACCAAGUCGCCGAGAAGGAAGGGAUUAGCAAGGCUGAACUCGCGUACCGUUGGGUUGCGUACCAUUCCAUCCUCAAGGGCGACGACGAUGGUGUCAUUUUCGGCGCGAGCAGCAUCAAGCAGAUUGAGCAGACGGCCCAGGGCCUGAAGAAGGGCAAGUUGAGCGCUGAGGCGGCUGAGAGUAUUCAGCAGAUUUGGGAGUCUGUCAAGGCUGAUGCGCCGAUUGAUAACUUUGCAAGCACUAGGAGCUAAGUUUAUAGUGCAUAGGUGGAUACUGUUGCUUGCUGCUUACCAUGUUUGUCAAGUCCGAGCAAUUAGUUGGUACCUAUCAAUUGCAUAAGAAAUAAUGAUGAAUCUUUCCGUG